AUGGCCGACGACGCUCAGCAUGAACACACCUUCGACUCGGCUGACGCCGGUGCGUCGCUGACCUUCCCGAUGCAAUGCUCUUCCCUCCGGAAGAACGGCUUCGUUGUCAUCAAGAGCCGUCCCUGCAAGAUCGUCGACAUGUCUACCUCCAAGACUGGCAAGCACGGUCACGCCAAGGUCCACUUGGUCGCCAUUGACAUCUUCACUGGCAAGAAGCUUGAGGAGCUCUGCCCUUCCACCCACAACAUGGACGUCCCCAACGUCUCCCGCCGCGAGUACCAGCUUCUUGACAUCUCCGACGAUGACUACCUCUCCCUCAUGACCGAUGAUGGUGACACCAAGGAUGAUGUCAAGGUCCCCGACGGAGAGAUUGGCGAGAAGAUUCUCCGCCUCUUCAAGACCGAGGAGAAGGACACCAACGUUGUCAUUCUGACUGCCAUGGGUGAGGAGGCUGCCGUCGAGGCCAAGGAGGCUCCCAAGCAGGGCUAA